AUGUUGUGGCAGGAAUGGGGACGCGCUUAUGAGCAGGUGGCAUCCACGUGGUGCGGCUGGGUUCUUGUCCUGCAUUUGGCACAAGGGGCUGCUAUUAAAACUCCCAAGACCCAAGCAGCCCUCUCAUUGCUGCCCGGCCCUCCCCCACUCUGCCUUGGUCGAGAUACGGCCGCACCGUCCUCCCACUCUUUCCACUCCUCUCCCCAUACCGCGCUACUACCGUUCUCCGUAAUGUCCUCUGAGAACGGUCACUCCAUGGGCUCCUUCGAGAAGACCAGGCCGCUCCUGCACCCUUCAUGCUCAACGCGGGGUACGCACAAGGUCAAAUACCGCAGCGAGGCCGACUGGGAUUUCCGCCUCGAUGCUGGCCGUAUCCCAGUCGACAUGUCGCUCAUGCUACCACACUACCGUGCGCGCCACCAGCCCAUCGAUCAUCGGAUGUCGAUGUUCGUCUCGGGCACGAACGAGGCAAUCAAGCUCAAAGUGUGUCGAAACUUUCCUCGGAGCCAGUUCUACCUCGAGGUCCUCGCAGAAUCGUCGGAUGUAACCAUCUGGCUGCCGUCCGACUUCAAGGGGCAGAUCCACCACACAGGGAAGGCUAUCUUCUCCUCUGGCUUCAUUAACAAGAUCCUACGGAACGUCCGGCUCAACGAGCCUGACGUGCAAGAGCUCUACAACGAGGACGACGUGGUCGUCGUCACCCGCGGGCGCGUUACGUUUCGGAUGUGGGAUACCCAAACGUGCAGUCCCGAAAAUACCCACAAGGAAUGCUUCAAACGAAUGUUCGGGUGCUCACAGAAAGCACCAGAAACACCGAUCGACUGGGACUUUCUCAUCAAGGAUUAA